AUGAAGCAGCAGACUUUAAUGGCGUUUUUCAAACCGGCAAAAAAGCCUGUCAUCAACUCAUCCCCCGUCAAGAAACUAGACAUUGACAUUCAAAACGAGAACAGUGACAGUGAUAAGGAGAACGACUCAAAGUUCAUGGAGGAUGUAACCACCGAUACUCCCUUGACCUCUGAAAUGGAUAUCACGGUUUCAAAGUCGGAAAAGACUCCUCAGUCGUCUCCUAUAAAGCAGAAGGUCGAGAGAAAGCAACAACCAGAAAGCGACGAAUUGCAAAGGCUGGUAGCUAAAAAGGUCAACUACUUGGAAUCUGAAGAUGAGGAUGAUGAUAUCGUUCCAACCAAGAGGAGAAGAGUUGUUGAAAGCAGCGAAGAAGAAGAUGAUGACGAAGACGAUUUCAAGCCUCAUGACAGCGCAAGUGACGAUGAUAUGAGUGAUUUCGUUGUGGAAGAAGAAGACUCUGAACCAGAACCCGAGCCAGAAGAAGGGUCUGAUGUUGAGGAUAUUGUUGAAGCACCCAGAAAGCUGAGCAAACCGAAGAUAAAGGCCAAAGUUACAACCCCUCAACCAAAAUCUGCUGGUAAGCCUUCCAUGUCGAGCGAUUUUGCCCAGAAGUUUAAGACUGGAUCCACUUUUGUGGCUACCACGCCUCCUACAACGACGGUGACCACAAAGUCAAGUUUGUCGAGCAAAAAAGCAUCUUCAUUUGCUAAAGAGAAUGAAGAAAGGUAUCAAUGGUUGGUGAACAUUCGUGACGCUGAGAAGAGAUCAAGUGAGGAUCCAAAUUACGAUCCUAGAUCAUUGUAUAUUCCUCAAGCUGCGUGGUCGAAGUUCACGCCUUUUGAAAAGCAGUACUGGGAAAUCAAAAGCAAAAUGUGGGACACAGUGGUGUUCUUCAAGAAGGGAAAAUUCUACGAAUUGUAUGAAAAUGAUGCCGUAAUUGCUAACAGCAAGUUUGACUUGAAGCUUGCUGGAGGUGGAAGGGCAAACAUGAAGCUAGCUGGUAUCCCCGAAAUGUCCUUUGAUUACUGGGCCAAGGAGUUUAUCAGUAAUGGCUAUAAAGUAGCUAGAGUUGAUCAAAAGGAAUCGUUAUUGGCCAAAGAAAUGAGAGGUGGAGGAUCCAAAGAAGAGAAGGUAAUCAAAAGAGAACUUACUGCGGUCUUAACAGGAGGAACCUUGACAGACUUGAACAUGAUUACUGAUGAUAUGGCUACCUACUGUUUGAGUAUCAAAGAAGAAAAAGUCAAUGACAAUGAUUACAAGUUUGGAGUGGUGUUUGUUGAUACUGCAACAUCUGAGUUGAACUUCAUUGAAAUUGAAGACGACAAGUACUGUAAUAAGUUGGAGACUCUUAUCACACAAGUGAGGCCUAAAGAGGUUAUUUGUGAGAAGCACAAUUUGAGUUCCCUUGCAUCGAAAGUAUUGAAAUACAAUAACUCCAAUCAAAUUUGGAAUGCUUUGGAUCUGUUGACCGAAUUCUGGGACUAUGAUUUGACCUUAGAAAAAUUGGUAAAGAGUCAAUAUUACCCAGGCGAGGACUUGGAUGAUUUUUCAAAUUUUCCUGAACUCUUGGUUGAGUUUAAGGACAACCAUCAGUUGGCUUUCAAUGCUUUUGGUGGCUUGUUAUUUUACUUAAAGACUUUGAAAUUGGAUGAAAGUAUAAUGACCUUGAAGAACUUCAAGAAAUAUGACAUCAACAAGAGCUCCUCCUCACAUUUGAUUCUUGAUGGGAUAACUUUGAACAAUUUGGAGAUUUUGAAUAACUCUCAUGAUGGUAGUGACAAAGGUACACUUUUCAAGAUGAUUAACAAAGCCAUUACUCCAUUUGGAAAGAGAAUGUUAAAAACAUGGGUGUUGAACCCAUUGUUGAAUGCGGAAGACAUUAAUGAAAGAUUCAAAUCUAUUGAGUUUUUGAUGGGGGAUGGGGCUGAUUUCAGACAGACUUUGGAGUCGGGAUUAACCGGUUUACCAGAUUUAGAAAGAUUGUUGGCAAGGAUUCAUGGAGGCAGUUUGAGAUUCAAAGACUUCUUGAAGGUGAUAGAAGGAUUCGAAAGAAUAUCAAAGCUAGUUGAUAAUUUGAGAGAAUUCACUUCCAGAGAAAUGGGAUCGCUUCACAAGUUCGUUGGGGAAUUUCCUUCCGACUUGCAUGAACUCAUUGCUGAGUGGGAAGAUUCCUUCGAUAGAAUUCAAGCUUUGAGUGACGUCAUCUCUCCUACUAAAGGAAUCGACGAGGAGUUUGAUGAUUCCAUGGACAAGAUCAACAAUUUGGAAAGUCAGUUGAACACUUAUUUGCAACAGUACAAAAGACAGUACAAAUCCCAAGAAAUAUGUUUUAGAGAUUCUGGUAAGGAGAUUUUCUUGAUCGAGUUACCUAACAAGAUCAAGAAUAUUCCUAAAGACUGGCAAACUAUGGGAUCAACAUCCAAAGUAAAGAGAUAUUGGUCGCCAGAAGUCAAGCUAUUGGUGAGAGAGUUGCUUGAGCAAAAGGAGUUGCACAAGAUGGUUUGUGACAACUUGAAGUCAAAUAUGUUCAAGAAAUUCGAUACUCACUACAAUACUUGGUGCAAAGCUAUUGGAUCCUUGAGUAAAUUAGACUGCUUGAUAUCCUUGACUCGGGCCUCAGAGCUCAUUGGGUAUCCAUCUUGCAAGCCCAACUUUGUUAAUUCAUCGAAUGGGUUCAUCGAUUUCAAAGAACUUAGAAACCCAGUUUACCAAGGGACUAAAGAGUUCAUUCCUAAUGAUGUCAGAUUGGGUGGUGAAGAACCCAAAUUCUGUCUCUUAACCGGAGCCAACGCAGCCGGAAAGUCUACGAUUAUGAGAACUACAGCUUUGGCCGUAAUUUUGAGUCAAAUAGGAUGCUUUUUGCCUGCCUUAGAGGCCACGCUAACACCGGUGGAUAAAAUAAUGACAAGAUUGGGUGCCAAUGAUAAUAUCUUACAAGGUAAGUCCACCUUUUUUGUAGAGUUAUCAGAAACCAAGAAAAUCUUGAACAAUGCUACUCCCAAGUCUUUGGUGAUAUUGGAUGAGUUGGGAAGAGGCGGAUCUUCUGCCGAUGGAUACGCGAUCGCCGAAGCAGUAUUGUAUCAGCUUUGUACACACAUCAACACCUUGGGAUUCUUCGCUACUCAUUUCGGUAGUUUAGGUCUUUCCUUUGAAAACCACCCCCAAAUCAAACCCAUGAGAAUGGGCAUAAUUGCCGAACAAGACUCUCGAAACAUUACAUUUUUGUACAAACUAGAACAUGGAGCUGCGUCCGGAUCAUUUGGAAUGAAUGUGGCAUCUAUGUGUGGCAUUGCUAAUGAGAUUGUUGAGAAUGCCGAGAUGGCUGCUAAAAACUACGAGAGAACUUCCAACUUGAAAAAAAUGAAAGAAUUCAAUAAAUUAAGUCUCGGAUUACAAAGUGAUUAUUCUUGGAUAAUGAAAGAUACCGAUGAGUCACCAGAUGAUAGUUUGUUCAAAUUUGACCCCGAACAAGUAUUAGUGAACAUUUUCAAAAUGAUUCAAUAG